CGUACGGUCCCGCCGGCCAUGGGCGAGCGCCGGGGGCCGGCGGCGCUGCAGGAGGCGGCGGGCCCGGAGCGGAGCUCUUCGAGUGCUGCUGAGAAUGGCUCUGACCUUGAUGAAGAGCCUCUACUCAGAAAAAAUCACCGCCGGUUUGUCAUCUUCCCCAUCCAGUACCCAGACAUAUGGAAGAUGUAUAAGCAGGCUCAGGCCUCCUUCUGGACGGCAGAAGAGGUUGAUUUGUCAAAGGACCUUCCUCACUGGAACAAGCUGAAAGCAGAUGAAAAAUACUUUAUCUCUCACGUUCUGGCAUUUUUUGCAGCCAGUGAUGGAAUUGUAAAUGAAAACCUGGUGGCACGUUUUAGUCAGGAGGUGCAGAUCCCAGAAGCUCGUUGUUUCUAUGGCUUUCAAAUUCUCAUUGAGAAUGUUCACUCAGAGAUGUACAGCUUGCUCAUAGACACCUACAUCAAAGAUCCCAAGAAAAGGGAUUUCUUAUUUAAUGCUAUUGAAACAAUGCCUUGUGUUAAGAAGAAAGCAGACUGGGCUCUGAAGUGGAUUGAAGACCGAGAAUCCACUUUUGGUGAGAGAGUGGUUGCCUUUGCUGCAGUGGAAGGCAUCUUCUUUUCGGGUUCCUUUGCUGCUAUAUUUUGGCUGAAGAAGAGGGGCUUGAUGCCUGGAUUGACUUUCUCCAAUGAACUUAUUAGCAGAGAUGAGGGUCUACACUGUGAUUUUGCUUGUCUAAUGUUCCAUUAUUUAGUGAACAGACCGUCAGAAGAGCGAGUCCGUGAGAUCAUCGUUAAUGCUGUAGAAAUUGAGCAGGAGUUUCUAACUGAGGCGUUACCUGUGGGUCUGAUUGGAAUGAAUUGCACCUUGAUGAAACAAUACAUUGAAUUUGUUGCAGACAGGUUACUAAUGGAGCUUGGGUUCUCAAAGGUCUUUCAUGCAGAAAAUCCUUUUGAUUUCAUGGAGAAUAUUUCUCUGGAAGGAAAAACAAAUUUCUUUGAGAAGCGGGUUUCGGAAUAUCAACGUUUUGCUGUCAUGGCAGAAACAAUGGACAAUGUCUUCACUCUGGAUGCAGAUUUUUGACAAAGUGGCAAAUGAAUGGUGACUGUUUCCCUCUCCUUAUCUCCCUUUAUGCUGUGAAAUUAAUUAAUUUCUUCUAAUUUCUUCUUGUGGAAAUCAGAGUCUACUGGGAUAUUUUUCCUGGGUUUUCAUGUUGUUUGUCAGAGGAGUAAAUAUAUUUCUCUCUGUGUAAUUUGAAAAAAAAAAGGGGCAUCAUCUGUAAAAAAUGUAUAUGGCUUUGUAGAAGGAUGACCUUUUUAAGAUUCCCUUGACUCGUCUGCUGUCAAUGAUGUCUUUAAAGAUGACAUGGAUAGUGUCACAUGUCACAAACGUGGAUGUUUGUUUAAGAAACAAACUGCAUAUUUACCUCAUGUUAUGGUAUUUUAAUAUGAAAACCAGAUGAGGUAUCACUCCACAUAAAAACAUCACUAUAAAUUAUUUUCCUGUUUUCUGUUUCAUGUUUGUAGGUUUGGUCUGUUUGGUAGUUUUGGAGUAAAAGCUCUUCUGUUUCAUCCUGUUGCAGAUACAGUAAUAGUUGAACGUGAGAAGACCUUAAUGAGGUCUGACCUAUAGAAUAUUAUUAAACCCAGGAGUUAAGUGUAAUCUCCCCAUUAACCUAGGUUCUGUCUGAAACAAUUUUUAUUCUGGUUGGAAAACUGAUGGGUCUUGGUAGGCAUGUAAUUCAAAUACAUGUAAUUCUUGUCUUACAGCUGUUACUGAACAGGUCAGUGGCCUUUGAACAAUUCUUGAAAAGGCACACCUGUUAACAGUGGAGAAAAAACACAUCCUGUAGUUCUUUGGCUUCUGCUGCCUGUUUUUUCUUGCUUCACUGAUCAAGUGCCUUAUUAAGUAGUCUGUAAUUCUGUUUGUAAUCACUUGACACUGAAACAGCCAGCUCUGGGUGUUGUCCAUCUCCCCCUUUUGUGCUGGGUGGUUUGAUAUUCUCCCCUUCUUGGUUGUACUUGUGCAUUGAAGGGGUGAGAAGACAUGUCAUUCCAAGGGAUUAUUCCUUGAGGUGCUACAAACAGACUACUCGAGAUGUAAGGAAGCACCCAAUAACGUAUGAAGGUACAUCAGGUUGUGUGUUUGAUGUGAACCAUUGGAACCAUUGUUACAGAACAGCUUCUGAAAGAAGGUAUUAAACAUUUCAAAAACAAGCCCAGAAGUAGUAUGGAGUAGCAGCAUCUUACAAAGGACUGUUGUUUGGUUUUUGAUUGUGUGCCUGAAGACUGUUUGUAAUUUUUUGAUAUCACGUGCAGAGAAUGGAGGGAUUGAGGAGUGGCUAACAUGCUGCAGUGGUACUUGGGGUAGAAGACAUGCUAUUUAGCUGUACCUGGUUUAUCUGCAAAUAGAUGGGCUCUUUUUUUUUCCAAGAUGAAGUGAGUGUACAAGAGCUAGACAAAGGGUUCCACUUUAUUAAACCCAAGCAUUUUUCAUAAUUUUCAGCAUUUUGUGAAAGUGCUUUUGUAAGUCUUAAUAUUGCAAACAUUUUGUGCUGCUUUUGAUACAUCUGGCAUGAGCCAAACUGACAGCCCAGGGUUAUCAGUGAUGGGGUGGUGUAAGUGUUAUUUCCCUGCCAGCCCAGAUCAGCCAUCAUCCUGGGUACCUGAGUUCCAUGAAACAGGUCCACUGCCUUAGCACUUAAUUCCUAGUGGACAACUCCCUGCUGUAAAAAUAAACAGCAAAAUUGACUUAGUUUUUCUUAGUCUCUUUAAAAGAUCAGGAGUAUGUACUGACCAUGGAAAUGGAACAGCUUAUUUUUUCCUGGAGAAGAGGAUCCUGCAUCAUUUGUAUGAGUUACUUGGAAGAGGGCACAGAGAAAAGCUGGAACUGCAGGAGAAUUGUGAACUCAGAGGGAAAACCCAGCACCUUUUGGAAACAUUGAGCUGAUAGGGGAGAAAGUGAAAAUAUUGUAAAUCGAUCUGCUGUUGGAGUAAUGGAACCUAUUAUGUCACUGAAAGUACUAAAAAGCUUUUAUUUUGAGUCAUGAAUGAUGAGAAUAUAGAGAGUAUUCUAAUAUGAAACUGCAAUGUGCUCAGGUUCUGUAAAUGUAUAUGAGAUACCAAAGUCUGGUACAUCGGCUCCCACUCAAUUUGUGUGUAAAAUAUGUGUGUAGUUUCAAUAAAAUUUGAGUGUGGGGAA